AUGUCCCUCCUCGGCGUACACCAGAGCGAUGCGCUCAAUCGCAUCUUCGUCGGGCUCAAGAGCAGAGACGAGUCUUCACGCCAAGCGGCAGGCGAAGAGCUCAAAUCCCACGUCGCCUUUGUCGUCUCCGAACUCAAAGGUGACAGCCUUUCCACCUUCAAUAACGAUCUCCACCGCCGCAUCUUCGAACUCACACACAGCCAGCAUGUCCACGAAAAGCUCGGUGGCAUCGUCGCCAUCGAGGAUCUUAUCGAGCAGGAGAGCGAAGAUAACAGUGCACGUCUCUACCGAUUCUACCAGUAUCUCAAGCCCAACUUGCCAUGCAACGAUGCGUCGGUCAUGAUCGCUGCUUCCCGUGCGCUCGGCAGAGUUGCUUAUCAUGGUGGGCAAUCGCUCGGAGAACAAUUUAUCGAAUACGAAGUGCUUCGUGCCCUCGACUUUUUGCAAGCCGGCGACCGAAACGAGUCCGGACGAUACGCAGCUGUGCUCAUCAUCCGAGAGAUGGCAAACAAGGUGCCUCAGCAGUUCCAUCCAUAUGUUCCAAGGGUGCUCGAUAGGAUAUGGGUCGCUCUGCGUGAUGUCCGUGUCAUUGUCAGGGAAGGUGCUGCAGAGGCCAUGGGUGCCUGCCUCGGUAUCAUUGCUGCAAGGGAAAAGCAGAUGGGCAGCCACUUCUUCGAGUCCAUAUACCAAGAAGCUGAAAAGGGCUUGAAGAUGAGCGCUCCAGAGGCGAUUCACGGCAGUCUGCUUGCCGUCCAGCAACUCCUUCAACACUCCAAGACGUUCAUGCGCAACCGCUUUCAGCGAGCAUGCCAGCUCGUCUUUCGACUUCACAAGCACAGGGAUCCACUCAUUCGACGCACCAUCACAAACCUCGUCCCUGUUCUUGCACGAUACGACCCACAUUACUUUGCAGAGGAGCACCUUGGCGCCGUCAUGACCAUUCUUACCGAGCAGCUUCGUAAAGAGAAGGACCGCUCGCCCAAAGAGUCAGCCCAGACCUUCGAGACGAUCGGCUUUGUGGCAGCAGCGAUGGGGCCGAGCAUGAAGCCUUUCAUCCAGCCCGUCCUCGCCUGUGUCAAGGAAGGUCUCCAGAUGCGAGCCAAGAAGAACGCUCCACCAGAAGGUCCUAUCUUCUUGUGCGUCGGCAAUCUCGCCGCUGCAGUCGGACCGCAUCUUACAAAAUACAUGCACGACCUGCUCGAUUUGAUGUUCUCCUGCGGGCUCAGCAUCCCCCUUGUAACAGCACUCGAUGGCAUCGUCAAGGCCAUUCCACCCCUGAUCAAGGUGGUGCAGGAUCGUUUGUUGGAUAUGCUCUCGAUGACGCUCAUUGGUCAGCCCUACCGCCCUCUCGGUGCACCUGCUAGUUUGCGGCCAUCAGCGAAUGCUAGUCGCCAUGUCGCGCCUGCUCAGACUAUCGAGUCGAAAGGUGUCGAGACCAUCACUGUUGCCUUACAGACACUGGGCAGGUUUGACUUUCAAGGUCACAUCCUCAACGAAUUCGUCCGCAAUUGCACGCUCCCAUACCUCGAGGACGACCAUGCAGCGGUCCGUCAAGCUGCUGCAGAGACGUGUGCAGACCUGUUCGUCAACGAUCCUAUCUGCCGACAGACCAGUAUGCACGCUAUCGAAGUCGUCAACGAUGUUCUGGAUAAGCUCAUGACUGUCGGUAUCGCCGAUCCGGAUCCCGAGCUUCGAUGGACAGUGCUUAGCAAGUUCGGUGUGCAAGAGCAAUUCGAUCGCCACUUGGCGCAGUCAGAAUACGUUCGAUCUCUCUUCAUCGCGCUCAACGACGAAAAGUUCAAAGUGCGUGAAGUGGCAAUCGUCAUCAUUGGUCGUCUGGCCAAGCAUAACCCCGCUUACGUCAUGCCAUCGCUACGAAAGGCGCUCAUCCAGCUCCUUACCGAACUCGAAUACUCGACUGUCAGCAGACACAAGGAGGAGGCAGCGAAGCUGCUGACCGAAGUCGUGCGAGCUUCGCAAAGGCUCGUCAAGUCGUAUGCAUUGCCGAUGCUGGAAGUGCUCCUGCCAAAAGCAAACGACCCGAGUGUCGGUGUAGCGGCCCGAGUCAUGGAGUGUCUCGGUGAGCUGGCCAAGGUGGGAGGAGAAGAUCUAGCGCCAAAUGUCGAUCAGCUUAUGCGACUUGCCAUCGAUCAGCUUUCCAGCACCGCACCUGGCUCUUUGACAGCAAAGCGCGAUGCAGCACUCAAGACUCUUGGUCUUGUCGCAUCCAACACGGGUCACGUCGUCAACCCUUACCUCACCUACAGGAAUCUGCUCGGCACUGUUGUCAAGAUCUUGAAGACCGAGCAGUCCAAGCCGGUGCGUCGCGAGACCAUCCGUGUUAUGGGCAUCCUUGGUGCUUUGGAUCCCUACAGAUACAAGUUGCUCGAGAAGAACGGCGAUGAAGGGCAAGACGAGACAUCGAAAGGAAGCGGAACUGACUUGUUCGAGCUGGCAUUGGCUAUCGGCACCUCAACAGACGACUACUACCAAAACAUUGCCAUUGAUGCGCUCAUUACCAUUCUCAAGGAUCCUUCGCUCUCGACACAUCACCAUGCCGUCAUUGAGGCCAUCAUGUACAUGUUCAAGACGCAAGGUCUCAAGUGUGUCACGUUCCUGCCACAGAUCAUCCCGGCGUUCCUCAACGUUAUUCGCACCUGCGCUACUGGUCUAUCCGAGUUCUACUUCCAGCAGCUAGCCAUUCUCAUUUCGAUCAUCAAGCAGCACGUUCGUAGCUACCUCGAGCCCAUUUUUGAACUCGUGCAGGAGAAUUGGAAUCCUAACUCGAGCAUUCAGCUUACUAUCGUCUCGCUCGUCGAGGCUGUGGCCAAGGCGCUCGAGGGCGAGUUCAAGUCGUACUUGCCCAUCUUGUUGCCCAACAUGUUACAGACCCUUGAUGGCGAGAUCACUAGCAAGCGUCAGCCGACGUUGCUGCGUAUCUUGCAGGCCUUCUACGUGUUCGGUUCGAACAUCGAAGAGUAUCUGCACUUGGUGUUGCCCGUAAUUGUCAAGAUGUUCGAGAGACCGGAUGCUUCACAAACGCUUCGUCGCACGGCAAUCAUUACGGUGGGUAAGCUUUCGAGUAAGGUGAGCUUCUGCGAUCAUGCCUCGCGUGUCAUCCACCCACUGGUGCGCGUGCUGCCCACAGGUACGAGUGAUAUUCGCAAUGCAGUGAUGGAAACGCUCUCGGCCUUGGUAGUGCAGCUCGGUCCUUCGUACGCCAUUUUCAUUCCUGUAGUGAACAAGGUAUUGGUGCAGAACCGUAUUCAGCAUGCAACGUACGAUCAGCUCAUCACUAAGCUGCUCAAUGGCGAACGCCUUCCUCAGGACUUGUCCGCGAACGAUAAUGCACUCGGUAGCAAGAUCGACGAGUCUCCUCAGGCCGAGGCGAACAAGAUGACCGUCAACCAGCAACACUUGAAGCAAGCUUGGGACACCUCCAAGGUCUCAACGAGCGAAGACUGGCAGGAGUGGCUGCGAAGGAUGGCUGUCGAGUUCAUGCGUGAAUCGCCGAGUCAUGCUUUGCGUGCUUGCAGGAGUUUGGCGGAUGUCUAUCCUGCCUUGGCUUACGGUCUCUUUAAUGUCGCUUUCGUCUCUUGCUGGACGGAGCUGUAUGAACAGUACCAGAGCGAUCUGGUCAAGGCCUUGGAAACGGCUUUCGACGCCCCCGAGGUGCCGGGAGAUGUAGUCCAUAUGCUGCUCAACCUGGCCGAGUUCAUGGAGCACGACGAUAAGGCGCUACCCAUCAACAUCCGCCUUCUUGGUGACCGCGCUUACAAGUUCCACAGCUACGCCAAAGCUUUGCACUACAAGGAAGCCGAGUUUCUCACCGAUCCUUCGCCACAAGUCGUCGAGAGUCUUAUUGAUAUCAACACCAAGCUUCAGCAGUCGGAUGCUGCUUUCGGUGCUCUGACGUAUGCGAGAGAGCAUCUCGACAUCAUCCAUCACGAAGAAUGGUACGAGAAGCUGCAUCGUUGGGAAGAAGCAUUGGCUGCGUAUGAUCGCAAGGCGAUGCUCGAUCCUGAUGACUACCCUGUUGCGUUUGGUAAGAUGCGUUGUCUCCAUGCCUUGGGAGAGUGGGAGCAUCUGUCGGACCUGGUACAGCAAAAGUGGGGCAGGGCGGAUAUGGAGGAUCGUCGACAUAUGGCGCCGCUGGCUGCUGCCGCCGCUUGGUCUUUGGGUCAAUGGGAUACGAUGGAUGACUACAUCUCGGCGAUGCGAUCCGACUCUUCCGAGCGCUCUUUCUACCGCGCUAUCCUGCAUACGCAUCGGUCGCAACGAGCUGCAGCGAACAAGCAAAUCGCCAAAGCUCGUGAAUCGCUCGAUGCCGAACUCACUGCUCUUAUCAGCGAGAGCUAUGGUCGCGCAUACGAUCUUAUGGUGCGCACGCAGAUGCUUUCCGAGCUCGAGGAGGCUUUGGCGUACAAGCUCGACUAUAAGGAACAGCCUGAUCGUCAAGCUACGAUCCGUUCGACGUGGAUGAAGCGAUUGAAGGGAUGUCAGCCGGAAGUCGAGGUAUGGCAGCGCAUUCUUUCGGUGCGUUCGAUCGUGUUGACUCCAGCAGACGAUACCGAGACGUGGAUCAAGUUGGCCAAUUUGUGCCGUAAGUCAGGGCGGAUGGUGUUGGCUGAGAAGACGCUCAAUUCGCUUCUUGGACCUGAACGGGCGAAUAGCGAUCCUAGGUCUCCGAUUGGUCCGAGAGCACCUCCUCCGGUCAUCUAUGCCCACUUGAAGUUCAUGUGGGCUUCGGGUGCAAGGAUUGAAUCGUUGAGCUAUUUGCAAGAGUUUACGCUCAACCUUGCUGAAGAUCUCGGCGUGCACUCGGUCGACGAGCAUGGUAAUCUUGUCACGCAAGAUUGGCAGUGCUCACCACGUUUGGGAGAAUUCGCACGGCUGCUGGCAAGAUGCUUCUUCAAGCAAGGUGAAUGGCAAAUGUCAUUGCGCGAGAAUUGGGUCACUGACGAGAACAGCAAUGUUAUCGAAAGCUAUCGUCGUGCGACGGAACUCGAUCGGAACUGGUACAAAGCAUGGCACGCCUGGGCGUUGGCGAAUUUCGAAAUCAUCUCGCAUCACGAAGAGCGCAACGAGCAGAUCACACCACAGAUGAUCGCUGCUAGUAUCGUGCCUUCCGUCCAAGGCUUUUUCCGGUCGAUUGCUUUGGCUAGUGGCAAUUCGUUGCAGGACACGCUGAGGUUGUUGACGUUAUGGUUUAAGUACGGACACCAGGAGGAUGUUUCGCAAGCAGUAAGCGAAGGUUUUGCUAGUGUAAUCGUUGAUACUUGGCUAGAAGUUAUUCCUCAGAUCAUUGCUCGAAUUACUGCUCCCUCACCUCGCGUUCGCAGGCUGAUCCACAAUCUGCUUUCCGAUGUUGGUCUAGCGCAUCCGCAAGCUUUGGUCUAUCCUCUCACCGUCGCAGCCAAAUCGCCUAGUCACAUGCGCAUUCAAGCAGCGAUGGGAAUCAUGGAAAACGUUCGAGAGCAUUCACCGGUUCUGGUCGAACAAGCUCUCCUUGUCUCUAACGAGCUGAUCCGAGUUGCUAUCCUAUGGCACGAAAUGUGGCACGAAGGACUUGAAGAAGCUUCUCGUCUCUAUUUCACCGAACACAACAUCGAUGCUAUGUUUGCCACUCUCGAGCCACUGCAUGAUGCGCUUGAAAAGGGACCGGAAACUUUGCGCGAGACCUCGUUUGCGCAAACGCAUGGUAGAGAUUUGGCAGAGGCAAGGGAAUGCGGGAGGAGGUUUAGACAGUAUGGAGAUAUUUCGGAUUUGAAUCAGGCUUGGGAUCUAUACUACCAUGUGUUUAAGAAGAUUGCAAAGCAAGUUCCGACUGGAAACUCGGUUCAGUUGGAUCUACAAUACGUUUCUCCCAAGCUUUUGGCUAUGCGGGAUUUGGAGUUGGCCGUUCCGGGCACUUAUCAGUCGGGCAAAGCAAUCGUUUGUAUUAGGGCUUUCGAACAGAUUGUUCUGGUGAUUGCUAGUAAACAGAAUCCGAGGAGAUUGAAGAUGAAGGGUAGUGAUGGGAAAACGUAUCAGUAUCUGUUGAAAGGCCACGAGGAUUUGAGACAGGAUGAAAGAGUCAUGCAACUCUUUGGACUGGUCAAUACGCUUCUUUCCAUCGAUAGCGAGAGUUAUAAGAGGAGGUUGGAGAUUCGUAGAUUCCCCGUAAUCCCUCUUUCUCCCAACACGGGCAUGUUGGGAUGGGUGGAAAACACAGACACACUUCACGUCCUUAUCAAAGAGUAUCGCGAACAGCACAAGAUCUUGCUCAACAUCGAACAUCGAUUGAUGCUCCAAAUGGCUCCCGACUACGACCAUCUUACACUGAUGCAGAAAGUGGAAGUGUUCGAAUAUGCACUCGACAAUACUCCUGGUCAAGACCUGUACCGGGUUCUGUGGCUCAAAUCGCGACAUUCCGAGUCGUGGCUAGAACGGAGACUUGCAUAUACUCGAUCCUUAGCCGUGUCCAGUGUAGCUGGGUAUAUUCUCGGGUUGGGUGAUCGACAUCCGAGCAAUCUCUUGUUGGAUAGGUUGACUGGCCAGAUAGUGCAUAUUGAUUUUGGAGAUUGUUUUGAAAUUGCUUGUCACCGGCCCAAGUUUCCGGAGAAGGUGCCGUUCAGGUUGACUAGGAUGUUGGUCAAUGCCAUGGAGGUUGGCGGGAUCAAAGGAACCUUUAAAGUGACAGCCGAGAAUACUAUGCGCGUUUUGCGCGACAACAAAGAGUCGGUACUUGCUCUACUGGAAGCGUUUGUUCAUGAUCCGUUGAUCUCUUGGCGUUUGGUUGCCGAAGAUCAAGGUGAAGGUAGGGCUCCAGAUGCACAAGAGAACGAAGCAGCUCUUGUUCCUGCCACGGCCGCUGCUGCUACUGGUGCUGCUAAUCCCGGUGCGAGCGCAAAGGUAGCACCGAAUCAGAGACAAGAACAGAUGCGAGGUCGGGCAGGUGCGGAAAAUGCAGGUGCUGGUGUAGCUGGCGGUAACGGUGGUGCAAUCGCAGCUACAGGCGGCGAUAUGCGCAACCAGCGUGCAUUGGAGGUAGUAAGGAGGAUUCAAAACAAGCUGUCCGGUAGAGACUUUAAUCCACAGGAGAGCUUGGGUGUAGCUGCUCAGAUAGAAAGGUUGGUACAGGAUGCGACGAGUAAGGAGAAUCUAUGUGUUGCUUUUGUUGGUUGGUGUAGUUUUUGGUAG